ACAACUACACGCAGGCCGGUGGUUGAAGGCCUACAACUCCCAUCUGCGCAUGCUCUGCGCGGAUUGGCUGCGUCAUCGUGUCAAUCAGGCCCCGGUCCUUCCUCACCGCUCCUACAGUAAAUAUUUGUGUUUGCUCAACCGGCUGUAAUGGUGGAAGAGUGAGGCAGAGCGCGACGGGAUCCAACAAAAGAGCAGAAGGAGGAGAAAUAAACGCCGAGUGCUGGAAAGUCAGAGCUGCCGCCACUUUCAGGAGGAAACGGACGAGCUUCGGUGGAAAAUGGAUGAACUCAAACAUCAAGUCAUGAUUAACCAGUUCGUCCUGACGGCGGGUUGUGCGGCRGACCAGGCGAAGCAGCUCCUGCAAGCGGCACACUGGCAGUUUGAGACUGCCCUCAGUGCCUUUUUCCAAGAAACAAAUAUUCCAUAUGGACAUCAUCAUCAAAUGAUGUGCACCCCCGCCAACACGCCGGCGACGCCCCCCAACUUCCCCGACGCGCUGACCAUGUUCUCCCGGCUGAAAGCCUCCGAGAGCUUCGCCAGCAGCGCCGGCAGCCCCAUGGCCGUCUCCAUGGCGACCUCGCCU